AUGGCAUCGCCAGUAUUUUUAUUUAUUGAUGUCUUAGCUCUGUUGGCACUUUUAAUUGGUCUUAUAUCUUCAUCAUUAAUUAUUUUCAUUGUUCUGUUUCAUCGCCGACAAGGAUUAAAUACGAUUCCAUUAUUUUUAGUUUGUAAUUCAUGCUCAGGUGCUAUAGUUAUGUGUGCAGCUUAUUUUUCAAUAUAUGUUUAUAUAUUAAAAAAUGAUCUUUCUGUUAAUGAUGGCCAUAAUAACUAUGGUAAUGAUCCACUGUGUCCGCUGCGCACCUAUUUAUUUUUCUCUGGUGCCUCAUUACUCUAUUUAUCGUAUUGUUUGCAAGCUCUUAACCGUUUAAUUCAUGUUGUUUUUCCAAACAAAUCUUGGCUACAAAAAAGUUUUAUUUUCUACAUAACUUUAAUUGUGAUACAAUGGAUUUUAGGGUUUUUGAUUGCAUUACCAUAUUAUAUGUGGGGCAAGAUGGUUUACAUAACGACAGAGUUAUUUUGUUUGAUACCAUUUCAAGACCCAUUGGCUAUAAUGCUCGCUGCAAUGACGAUUUAUGGUAUACCAUUAACAAUACUAAGUAUAAUGUCUUUUUGGAUAUGGUCGUAUGUUCAUGGUCAUCGUCAUAAUACAAUACAGCGUCAAACAACAGUUAAUCGCGAGUUUGUAAUGCUGAAACGAAUGUUGAUUCCCUUGUUUGCAUUAACAGUUUUGGGUGUACCGUAUUUAACACUAUUCACAAUAACAUGGAUUAAUCAUAAACAAUUACCACUGACCUAUUUAACAUAUCGUCUAUCGUAUCUAUUUAUAGCUAUUGGACUUGGAACAGUGAACAUGAUAACAUUGUUAUUAACACCAAAGUUGAAAGCAAUAUUUCUGAGUUAUCUUAAGCAGAAACGGUCAGAUCAAAAUUCAACAAGGCAACAAACAAAUUUAACGAAUGCAAUUAGAUUAAAUCGCAUCCAACCGGUACCAUAA